GCUGGCGCAUCCUAAAUAACAUCGACUGAAGAUGGAAUCACCGACGCAAACUAAGACUGAGCAGAUCAAUGCCGCUGCGAUGCCACUUGCCUAUACGUAUUCUCACCUGCCAAAGGGCAAUAUACGCUUACUUAAACUGUUGCCACACCGAGACAUAAGCAGCCCUUUGCUAUGCAGCCUCAUUGAUUAUCCUCUACAAGACCUAGCUGGAAGCAAUCAUCAUUUAUAUGACUCUCUAUCUUAUGCUUGGGGUUCUCCAGAGAAGACUCGGUCUAUCUCCAUAGGCGAUUGUUAUUUACCCAUUACGACGAAUCUUCACGCGGCACUGCUACGUCUUCGAGAUCGCUUUUUUGAACGAAUCAUAUGGGUGGACGCGAUCUGCAUCAACCAACAAGAUCUAAAUGAGCGUAGCAGCCAGGUCCAGCGCAUGGCAACGAUCUAUGCCCUAGCUAAUCGUGUGAUUGUUUGGCUGGGGGAGGCGGAGGACAAUAGCGACCAAGCGCUUGAAGAACUACAUAAUAGCGCUGAUGGGCAACCAGCUGGAGAGGACCAAAGACUUCGAAAUGCAGUCCUCAAACUACUACAGCGGCCGUGGUUCAAACGCAUCUGGAUCCUUCAAGAAGUUGCUGCCGCUCGGAAUGUUCUUAUCCUAUGUGGUUCUUCGGAGAUAGAUGGAUAUAUUUUCUGCAUGGGAAUCAACUCGCUCAAUCUCAAUUAUACAGAAGCCCCAGGCUUACGGAAUUUCAUACGGUCAGCAACCUACUUGAUACGGCGCAAGGUGUUUCAGCCCAAACAUACAACUAGCAAUCCGAGCACGUUUUCGCUGAAUAUAGCCCCUUUGAGCGAGCUGAUAGACAUGUAUCAUGCUCGGGAAGCUUCUGAUUGCCGUGACAAAGUCUAUGCUUUGCUUGGUAUGAGCUCUGAUAAUUAUAGUCCGAGAGACUUGUCUCCCAACUAUGACAUUCAAUGGGAAACGCUAUUCCAACAAGUUAUCAAGCUUAUCCUUUGCGAGACAUUAUCAAUAUCAAUUUGGCCAGAUAAAGAAGUGGCGAUAAUCAAGAAUAAGUGUUGCACUCUUGGGCAAGUUUCUUCAGUCAAGAGCGAUGCUACGUGGAGCGACAAGCAAAAUGUUACAAUUUCAAAAUAUACAUCAAGGGGGUCCCAAAAGUUUGAAGAGAACAUAUUCUGGACCCUAACUCUCAAAACACUGGCAAACUCAAUCCAGGAAGGUGAUAUCAUCUGCCUUUUGCAAGGAGCAUCAAAGCCUACGGUUAUCAGACCAUACAAAGAUUAUUUUAUCAUCAUUGCAAUCGCUAUCAAUCCUGCAACCAAUAAACAAGCUGAGAAAGCGAAUAACGGCUGGGUAAAGGUUUUACAAUCAGUGACAGACUUCCCUCGAGACUUUCUGCUUGUUUGGGACUGGACAAAGUCUUUGAGGCGAGUGUUCACAUGCUAUAGCAGCUACGAAAAUUAUGGCAGUAACAUCUAAAGAUUUAGGUUGGAGCUAUGAAGAAAAAAGUUGGAGAGCGAUGGCAGAGAUAUUGAGCGGUAGCCAAGUUACGGAAAGACUGGCUUUAGAUCUUUUGACUUCACAUGAUGGAGAAGUAUUAUGGCUUCUUCCUGACUGGAGCUGG